AUGGAGCCACAUGCAUGGACAUCAGUGAAUCCAAUGAAUCUCCGCAGUAUGAGUGCAGGUGCCCCCCAGGUUACUCAGGGGCUCAUUGUGAGACAGAAGUUGAUGAAUGCUCUUCAAACCCAUGCAAGCAUGGAAGCAUCUGCAAUGAUUAUGUUGGAUAUUAUAAUUGCAACUGUCCCAUUGGAUUUGAAGGGAAGAAUUGUGAAGUAGAUUCAAAUGCAUGUACAGUACUUAAUGCCACCUGCCCAAGUGGUUUGCAAUGUGUGGAUCGUCCAAUCGGCUUGGAGUACAUGUGCCUCACUCCAUGUUCUGAAAAUCCAUGUGCAAAUGGUGGUCUCUGUUUCCUGAGUGAGGACAUGCAGAGACAUUGCAUCUGUGCACCUGGAUGGAUGGGAAACAGUUGUACCCUGAACAGGAAUGAAUGUGAAGACCACUGGUGUCAAAAUGGAGCCAGUUGUGAAGAUGGAUUCAAUGCCUACAGGAAGCACGUGAUGACCUGCUCAAAUGUCUCAAGCGGCUGUUAAUCCUGAGGUUGCUGUAACAAUGUCAG